UUAGUGAAAAGUGCCCAUUUGAUCGACCGACAAACAAUCUUCUUAUUAACCAUAGAUAAUUGAGGGAAACAUUAAUGACAUGUAUAUUCUGUGGCACAGACAGAUCUCUGAUUUAUAUUUAGUCUAUGGUGAACGACUUUUAGUGAUUUCUAAUUCUUUUCGCAGGCUUUCUUUUUUAGUUUAGGUUUGGUAGUAUUAUCACUCGUUUUAAUUUAAUAAUUUAAUUCAGAAAACAAUCUCCCUUAGCAUAUAAGUGAAAAUGGCUGAUUUCUUGGAAUCCGAAGCUGAAGAAAGCGAGGUAGACUCUGAGGACGAACAGCCAGCUGAACGCAAGAAGCCUAAACGAAAAGCCGCCGUACAAAGCGAGGACGAAGAUGAAGAAGAAGAAGAUGAUGAAGAACGUUUACGUGAAGAGCUAAAAGAUUUAAUAGAUGAUGCUCCUAUAGAAGAGUCAGGUAGUGAUGGGGAGGACUCUGAUGCUAGUGCAGGUCCAAAGAAAAGAAAGAAAAGUGAUGAUGAACUUGAUGACAGACUCGAGGAUGAAGAUUAUGACUUGAUUGAGGAGAAUUUGGGAGUUAAAGUUGCUAGGAAUAAGUUUAAGAGACUGAGGCGUUUAGAGGAUGAUGAUAGUGAUAAUGAGGGACAAGAUGAUCCAGAGUUGGAGAGAGAGGUCAUUGCUGAGAAACUUUUUGUGGGUGGCUCUGAUGAUGAGGAUGAAAAUCGUUCAGAACCAGCCAUACCACGAGAAGAAUAUGACGAUGUUAAUGAGGAUAUGGAGUCCGAUGCUGAUGACUUCAUAGUUGAUGAUGACGGUAGACCAAUAGCCGAGAGGAAAAAGAAACGGAAGCAUAUAUUCACUGAUGCUACACUGCAAGAGGGCCAAGACAUUUUCGGCGUGGACUUCGAUUAUGACGAGUUUGAUAAGUACGGAGAAGAAGAUUAUGAGGAUGAAGAAGAUGAAGACCUCGAUGAAUAUAUUGAGGAUGAAGAUGAGGAUGGUGAAAGAAGAAGAACUAAAAAGGGCAAACCUAAGCGGCCUAGCAAGAAGUCUAUAUUUGAGAUAUAUGAGCCAAGUGAGUUAAAGAGGAGCCAUUUCACUGAUUUGGAUAAUGAGAUACGUAAAACGGACGUGCCGGAACGUAUGCAAAUACGCGAAGUGCCGAUCACUCCGGUGGAAGAGGGAAGUUCUGAACUCGAAGAUGAGGCGGAGUGGAUUUACAAGCAGGCCUUCCUCAAACCUCCAGUGUCAAAGGCCGAUGCCCAGGACGCUAGAGACAGAUCAAGACGGGGUGGCAGCACUGUUAUCAAAAUCCGCCAAGCUCUAGACUUCAUGCGGAACCAGACGUUGGAGGUUCCAUUCAUCGCAUUCUACCGCAAGGAGUACGUCCAGCCGGAGCUCAGUAUCAACGACCUGUGGAAAGUGUACAAGUAUGAUGCCAAGUGGUGCCAACUGAAGCAGCGCAAGGAAAACCUGCUGCGAUUGGUGGAGAAUAUGCGGAACUACCAACUUGACAAAUUGAUGGCCGACCCUGAUGCGCCCAUACCGGAGAACAUGAGACUCAUCCGGGACGAAGAUAUAGACAGAAUGAAGAACGUACAAACAUCAGAAGAGCUGCGUGACGUACACACACAUUUUCUCCUUUACUAUUCAAAUGAUUUGCCUGAGAUGCAAAAAGUACAACGGGCCAAGGAGAGGAAAAAGGAGUUUGAAGAGAAAAAGAGAUUAGCUAGAGAAGAAGCUGAGAAAAAUGGAGAAGAUCCCGAGGAGGCUGUGGCUGCCGUGGUAGCCGCACAGCCUGAUGAGGAAGAAACCACUGAAGUUAAGAGUGCAGUGCGCUCUGGGCCUUAUGAGUUGUGCAGGAAAGCUGGUAUUGUUCCCCUCGUGAAGCAGUUCGGGUUGAGUCCAGAACAAUUCGCAGAGAACGUACGGGACAACUACCAGAGGCAUGAAGUGGAACAGCCUCCUGAACCACCCUUAGAAGCUGCUGAGGCUUAUACAACAGCAGGCGGCUCAGCGACGGAGGUUCUGCGCCGCGCGGUGUACAUGUGCGGAGUGCAAAUAGCCAGGGAGCCGUUAUUGCGGGCCACACUGCGAGACGCCCUCAGAGAGCGGGCCACUGUCUCUGUACGACCCACGGCCCGCGGUUUGAAGGAGAUUGACGAGAGCCACUCGUGUUUUAGCAUGAAAUAUCUAAAGAAAAAACCUGUUCGCGAUUUGACGGGUGACCAGUUCCUCAAGUUGGCUAUAACGGCUGAAGACAAGUUACUGGAGAUCACCAUCAGUGAACAGAUCGAGGGGAACACGAGUUCGAAUUAUCUAGAAGAGUUGAAGCAAUUGUACCAAAAGGAUGAAUUUGCGGCCACGGUCCAAGCGUGGAACGAACUAAGAGCUGAAGCGGUGACACUGGCACUCACGAAGAUUGUAAUGCCCGAACUCAGGCGGGAACUGCAAGCUGUUCUGCUGCAAGAGGCAAAGGAAUAUGUUCUCAAAUGCUGCCGUCGACGCCUAUACGACUGGUUAAAGGUGUCACCCUACGAGUCUAGGGUAUCGGACGAUGAUGACGAUGAAUGGGACACGACUAAUGGUCUCCGCGUGCUAUCGAUCGCGUACGUACCGGAUCGUACGCAUAGUUCGUUCGCGUGCGUUAUUGCAGCGGCAGGUGAAGUUGUGGACCACUUGCGACUGCCGCACAUAAUGUACCGACGCAACGCGUGGGACGCGCUCGAGCGACGCAGCAAGGAAGAAGACAUGACCGCACUACGUCGUUUUAUUAUGCGAAAGAAACCACAUGUGAUUGUAAUAAGUGGUGAAUCGCGAGAGGCGUUGAGCGUCAAGGCAGACGUGGCAGAAUGCGUGCAGCAAUUGGUCGAAGACGAACAGUUCCCGCGGAUCCCUGUGGAAAUAGCAGAUGAUACUAUUAGCAAGAUUUAUAGCAACAGCAUUAGAGGCAAGAAUGACUUCAGAGAAUAUCCAGAUACACUGCGACAGGCGAUAUGCCAAGGUCGCCUACUUCAAGACCCACUUAUGGAGAUUUCUCAAUUAUGUGGACCAGACGAAGAAAUAUUGUGCCUCAGAUAUCAUCCGUUACAAGAUCAUAUAGCUAAAGAAGAUUUACUUGAAGGCAUUGAAUUGGAAUUUGUAAAUCGCGUUAACGAAGUAGGGGUUGACGUUAACGAAGCAGUCUUAACAGGUCGAGGGACAGAAUUAUUACAGUUUGUAUGUGGCUUAGGUCCGAGAAAAGCCCAAGCGCUUAUAAAACUUUUCAAACAAACAAAUCAGAAAUUAGAAAAUAGAACACAAUUAGUAACAGUUUGUCAUAUGGGACCGAAGGUCUUCAUUAACUGUUCUGGGUUUAUUAGAAUAGAUACAAGCAGUUUAGGGGAUAGUACUGAGGCUUAUAUUGAAGUUCUAGAUGGAUCCCGAGUCCAUCCGGAAACGUACGAGUGGGCGCGAAAAAUGGCAGUUGACGCUUUGGAAUAUGAGGACGAGGACGCAAAUCCCGCGGGAGCUUUAGAAGAGAUCCUCGAGGCACCUGAGAGACUCAAGGACUUGGAUCUUGAUGCUUUCGCUGAAGAGUUAGAGAGACAAGGCUUCGGCAAUAAGAGCAUAACUUUGUACGAUAUACGAGCAGAAUUAAAUUCUAGGUAUAAAGACCUUCGUGUUGCUUAUCGAUCGCCAACCGCUGAAGAAAUGUUCGACAUUUUAACAAAAGAGUCUCCAGAAAGUUUCCACGUAGGCAAAAUGGUUUUGGCUACAGUAAUUGGCAUCACUCAUAGGAGACCAGAGAGGGAGAAAUUAGACCAGGCGAAUCCUGUGAGAAAUGCUGAAACAGGUCUCUGGGAGUGUCCAUUUUGCCGAAAAAAUGACUUUCCUGAGCUUUCAGAGGUAUGGAAUCACUUCGACGCGGGUUCGUGUCCUGGACAAGCGACAGGGGUUCGGAUACGACUAGACAACGGCCUGUCCGGCUAUAUUCAUAUAAAAAAUCUCUCGGAUAGACAUGUUACGGACCCUACGGAAAGAGUCCGGAUAGGCCAAACAAUACACUGUAGGAUUUUAAAGAUAGACGUUGAACGAUUCUCUGUAGACUGUUCCUCGAAAUCUUCCGAUUUGUUGGACAAAAACAAUGAGUGGAGACCUCCUAAAGACCCAUACUACGAUCAGGAAGCAGAAGAUAAAGAUGUACGUAAAGACACAGAAGCCAAACAAACUAAAGAACGCUUGCAAUACGUUAAGCGAGUUAUUGUGCACCCCGCUUUCCACAAUAUUAGCUUUGCAGAGGCUGAGAAGUUUAUGGAAAACAUGGCACAAGGAGAAGUUAUCAUAAGGCCUAGUAGUAAGGGCUCUGAUCACCUGACGGUGACGUGGAAGGUGGCAGAUGGUAUCUGCCAGCACAUUGACGUGCGAGAAGAAGGGAAAGAGAACGCGUUCUCUUUAGGUCGAAGUCUCUGGAUACAAGGCUCAGAGUUCGAAGACCUGGAUGAAAUCAUCGCACGGCACGUCACUCCAAUGGCGGGUCACGCGCGCGAUCUUAUCUCCUACAAAUACUACAAACCACUCGGAGGCAUGCGAGACAAGGCCGAGGAAAUACUCAAAGAGGAGAAAGCGAAGAAUGCGAACAAGAUCCACUACGUCAUAUCCGCAGCAAAGAACCACCCGGGCAGGUUCCUCCUAUCGUAUCUACCUAGAUCGAGAUGCACGCACGAGUACGUAUCGGUGACUCCAGAUGGGUACAAAUUUAGGCAAAGAAUGUUCGACUCAUUAGGUGGUCUACUGAAAUGGUUCAAGGAGCACUUCCGGGAACCGCCGCCUUCGAAUACACCAGUUCAAAGGACUCCCGCGUUACGUACUCCGCACGGUGGGAUGACGUCGACAAUGUAUCAUACGCCGGCGGCGCACACACCUGCGUUCCACACGCCCGCACACACACCCGGCCCUGCGUACAUCAAUACUCCAUACACUCCUUCAGCUCAAACUCCGUACAUGACACCGUUUGCGACAACGCCCAGACAACCGGACUUCCUCACGCCUGCUGUGCCUCGUCACAAACAAGUAGUCCAAAUGCCUGUUUACACCGAGCCUUCGGACUGGCAAAAGGCUGCUGAAGAUUGGGUGCGUCACAAUAGAACCGUUCGUGACACACCGGCUACGCCCAGAAGUGAUGGUAUGUCUACGCCUAGGGACUCAUCGCGGACGCCGCGAAUGGACUCGCGGUCAACCCCCCGACACGACAUGCGAUCGACCCCCCGACACGACAUGCGAACCCCCCGCCACGACGGGAGGAGCACCCCUCACGGUCACAGUUCCGGUCGAUCGUCUCGUUCCCACUCGGUCCGUUCGACCCCCCACACGAACACGUCACCCCGCUCUAUGUCUCUCGGCGAUGCUACUCCGCUUUACGACGAAAACUAAGCCGAGGCCUGACGCCAUUGAGGAAAUGUUUUUAUUUUUGUACUAUACGAAGCUCUACACUUGCUUUGUAGGACAGUGCUAUGUACGUUUUAUCCUUACUUGGAUGAAAGAUAUGAUACCGCUUCUUGUUUGAACCGGCAGGAUUCAUACAUAAUAAUUCGGCAAGAUUGCUGAUUCUGUAUGAAUUUUUCAAGAUAUACAAGGCCAGCUGGUAAAGGGGUCAUCAUAAAAAAUUUUUGUUUCAUAUCUUUUGGCUGAUAUCAAUAAUUGUACAACAUUUUCUUAAGCAAAUUACGCGGUGACAACUAUUAUAUCAGCUGUUUUUACAUUUAAGGUCAAAUAUGGUCACGAGUUACUAUGGAAAUUGGCAUUAUUAUUAAAACAAAAUGUAAUAUGUUGAUACAAUUAGCUAGGGUUGACUAUUCCUUUUAAGUUACUUCUAUAUGCAUACAGAAAUAUACUUUACUUGCAAAUACAAUUUAUCAUUUCUCUGAAUCAAGUAUCAGUUACACAUUUUCAUCCUAUUGUCUAAUUACUACCUUUUCGUGUUGACUUUGCAUAAUUUAUUAUAUGGUAUUUGUUCUUAAAUUGAUCCACAAAUUAGUGUAAUGCGGAUUACGAUGAUUGAUUCUUUUGUACCUACCUGAUAUUACCUACUAGCGGUCCCCCGCGACUUCGUCCGCAUACUUCUGAAAAGUUUCGCAUACUUCUGACAAGUUUCCCAUACGAACUUUCUUCCGCUAUUUAAUAUACUCCGUCGCCUCUGAUGACUAAAUAUUUAUUUAAAUCAGACUGAUAUUUCCUGAGUUAGCGCGUUAUAGCAAAUAAAACUUUCAUGCUCCAUUUAACCACUUUUAAAAAUGUUAUAUUAGUUGAUAGCCUUCCGCAAAAAUUGGUGAUAUUGUAUUUUUUUAAGCCUACCAGCAGUUCCUGAGAUUAAUGCGUUCAAACAAACAAGCGGAAAAUUCAGCUUUAUUAUUUAGUAGGGAUAACUAAUUACUUAGUGUUAUUGUGAGCCUUCGACGGCAUCUCGACCAGAAGAUAAUUUUGUUUGGACGAACAUCUUGGCACACGAUUCUACAAGAUAAGUUGAAGAGCGAUUGUCUCGCGCAACACUUCGCUUACUACACAAUAUCAUUAGUAGUGUAUAUAUUAGCUUAUUGCGCUUGUGUAUAUGUAAACUUGGGAUGAGAUAAUCAUCCCAAGUUUAUAUACGAGACGUUUGGUAUUCCAUAUAAAAUGACAGAUUUACCCAAGAGUGGAUGUGAGAUUAGUUUGCAUAUAAACUUAUACUAAGGGUGCAGCAUAUACAGAAUUUUUAAAUCGAAAUUGUAAUCAUAAUUCCAUACUAAUUUUGACUACUCCUUAUAGUUUAUAUAUUUAUUACCUAUCUAUAGUUUAUAUAUAUAUCUAUUAUUAUAUAAAACUUUAUUUAUUUAAUAUUAUUGCUCUAAUUUAAUUGCACCGAAAUCAUAAACGAAUCACAAUCAAGAUUCCAAAAAUUGUAACCUUUCUUUUCUGUUACUAUUCUUACACUUGUAACUUUUUUCAAUGUAUUAAAUGAAAAUAUAUUUAACUAUUAUUUAAUGUGAAAUAUCAAAGAAAUAUUACUUUUAUUAAUUUUAGUUUAUACAUUAAUUUGCGAGUUAUUAGUCCGAUGGGAAAUUUGUAUGGAAUAGCCAAUAGUGGCAAGAUUAAAAAUAGCUAAAUCAAUUAAUAUAACAAAGAGGCCUCAAAAUAAAUAGAUAGUGAAGGUUUAUUUAAAUAGGUUUAGCAAUAGUAUAGAUAUUAGCGUUGAAUGGGCUAAGUGAGUUACUACAAUCGCUUAUAGCAGUAUUAUUUUGAAAUGUCAAUUUAUUUUAUAUACCUUGAUGUUCCUGCCUUAAGCGACGCUAGUAAGCCCCCCUGGACUCAGAUUACUCUAUAGCUAUAUAUAUUGAAUGAGCAUGUAAUCCUUUUUGUGACGUAUAUUAUGACAGCUGUCACACUGUCAAUUACGUCAGAAGUUGUGAUCACCAUAAGAAAUUGAAUAGAGAAUCAGAGCCUGGGUCGUUCAAAACUUACAAAUUACACCACGAGCACUGAGUUUCUUUGUUCUCACUCGUAUAUAAUGUAACACGAGAGAAAAUUACGAAACUAUGCUUUUGCUCACAAGAUUUGUAUUAUUAUCGUCAACGUAUUAACUUCCCACUUAUGGGCACAGGUUUCCUCUCUCAUGGGAGGCUAUAACACGUUUUGUGGGCUUCAGUGAUAAUAAGCAGAAACUACUUUGAAAUGUGCUCUACGUCACGAAUGGACACCACCAGUUUCAUUGCACUUUUAUCAUAGCGUUUAUACUUGAAAAUGUUAUUAUAGAUGCCUGUUUUGUCCAUUGUAUAUUUAAUACAUCUUAAACACAGAUUGUUUGGAUAUUUCCGAGCAUGUGAGAGAUAUUCUAAAAUUGUUGUUUACAUGUUGUUGAUUCAUCAUCAACAGUCUUAUCGACCGAUUAGUGACCCUCUACAGGAUCUCCACUCAGAAUGAGAAGGGUUAGGGCAGUCACCACGUUGGCCAAGUGCAAUAGGUAGACUUCACGCCUUUAAGAACGUUAUGUUACGUUACUCUCAAGCAUGCAAUGUUUCUCAAGAUGUUUUUCUCACAGAAUUAAGAACGUGCAGAACCCUCGUUCGCCAUUAUUGCAUGCAGUGCACGUCACACUUCACACCCGUGGAAUGAUGCUGCUUGCUCACAAUAUCCCAUUUUCUCCACUUUAUGGUGUGUAGAACUUUAGAGAUAAAAUAAUUAUUGUCAAAUGAUAUAUGGAACGAAGUACCUAACCCACGCCUGUUCGUAAAACACUACUAAAGUUGAAUAGUUUUUGAUGCUUCAAUAUAAGUCGUGUACACGGUUUCUGUAUUUUCUUAAUUCUGUGGGUUUCCUUUACCGUUAAAGCAAGUGAUAUUUUAAUUUCUUUAAUUAUUAACGCAUAUAACUUGGGGUGUUUAGACGGAAUCAAACUCGCACCCUCGAAAGGGCCCUAGCCACCUAGUGAUAGCCAAGUGACUAGGCUAUCACCGUUUGAUGAUAAUAACUCCAAUAUGUUGAUGAAAUUUUUAACCUUAUAUUUAUUUCGAUUUGUGAAUGUAUUUGUAGUCAAUUAUGAUUAUGUCCAUAUUUUUUAAUAUACCAAAAUAGUUGGUAACGCGUUAGUAUUUUAUUUUGUCACAAUACAGACCGGAUUCUCUAUUACAUUUUAAUCUUUACAUUUAAACUAGCGGACCCCAGCGCCAUCUGUCGGGCUGAUUUGUGAAUCUAAACUAUCCAGGGUGCCACCCAAACGCAUACCAAAAAAAUCAUUCAAAUCGGUCUAGCCGUUUAGGAGAAGUUCAUUGCGUGUGUACGCACACAAAAAAAAAAUAUAUAAAGAUAACCACGGUUUUGACAUGAAAAAUAACAGCCUCAUAUGAUAUGUCAAAAUGUACGUCAUUUUGCACAGUAAGUUUUCAAUGCACUAGAGAAUCGGGGUGCUUAUUAUUUAGUAAUAAGACGAAUAUUGUUGUCAAUAUUCCAAAAGGUACAUAAAUCUUUGAACUUAACUGACAGUUCUAAAAGUUGUGCUUAUCUUUUUUCAAUGUUUGCCGGGAAAGGACUAUUUUUGGGCCUGCCAGUUUAGCUUACCAGAUUUAUGUGCAACAGAAUUGGUUUCAUUUCGUCGAAUACUCUUAAUUUAUAUUAAAUAAAUUGAUAAGUUUAAGAAUUAUCAAAAUUUGAACUAUUUAUAUUCGCGUGUUCAGACUGCGAUAUGAAGUUCUUGCUAGGGAUAACCUGUACAAUUAAGGAACCGAUUUACAAAAAGUGGCCAAUGUCGAGUUAUUUCAUUCCCAAAAUAUGCGUGACAGAGAUAGCACGACAUCAGCUGCCUUUUAUAAAUCUAUUCUUUCAUGGCUCGGGCUAUAUACACUUUUAUUUUACACAACACAGAAAUACAACAAAAACGCAAAUGCAGGUUAAAUUGUCUGUUCGAUGUAAUUUGUAGAUUUUUAACUUUCGUACCGCACGCUGUAUUACUUUGCGUAUAUUUGCUUUAAUGCCCGUACACAUUAGCGAACAUGCUUGUUCCAUGCAGCUUUCGGGAUGAACGAGUGCAGGUGGGGGGUCGAUUUUAGUAAAUUACAGCUAUUAUAUUGCCAUCGCAAUGCUGUUUGAUUGGCUAAAACUAUCUGACUUUUGAAAAUACGUAAUUAUAGUCGAGUACCAUCAAUUCACCCUAAUAACGUUAAGUUUUACACAAACAACACAUUCGCAUGUUCUCCAAUUUGUACGAGCCCUAAAGGCUGAUUUACACGUAAUCAUUAACUGUCAUGAAUAUUAUUUCCAAUUAAAUCAAAAUCCUCAAACGUUUUUAUAACUUAAUACGAAUGAAAUCUUUAGUUCUCACAAUAUGGUGUAUACCGAACUGUAGGGAAAAAAGAAGCCAAAAUAUUUACUCAUUUAAAUUUGAGUCGAUUUCUAGAAUCCUCGCAAGUAACUUAACGUUAAGUGCAUCAAUAGCCUGUUUCUCAAUGGAAGGGGUUUGCCCAUAAUCACCACGCCGGGCAGACUGGUUGGUGAUUGCUUUAGAUGGUAAUAGUAACAUGGAGGUUGCUGGUGCCAGUUCUCCGUUAUAUUUCCCUAGUCGCCUCGUAAGACAAACGCCGAAGGCUGGUGACAACUGUAUUCUUAUCUGCCAUCACCACACGGCGUACAUAAAGUUACAUGUAAAUCAGCCUUUAAAUUCGUUACGUAUUGAAUUUAAAGUGUUCGGGUAUCACGAUAAAUAUUUUAGUUUAACGAAAUAUUUACAUGUGGCAUUGUAUGAGUUUAAACAAACAAUAGGAAUGCCUUACAGAUGGUUAGUGACGUACCAAAUACACGAUAUAUUGUGCCCGUCUUUGGUUGUAUCGCGGGACGCAAUUUAAUAAAACAAUUAUUAUUACAGAUCUA